UUGGCGCGGCGGCGCGGCGGCGCGGCUGCCGGACCCGGGGCCGGUUCCACCAUGCCGGUCACCGGGAAGAUGUUUCGCCGGCGCCGGGCCGACUCUGAGUCGGAGGAAGAUGAGCAGGAUUCGGAGGAGGUUCGGCUAAAACUGGAAGAGACCCGAGAGGUGCAGAACUUGAGAAAGAGGCCUAAUGGGGUGAGUGCUGCUGCCCUGCUGGUGGGAGAGAAGGUACAAGAAGAGACCACACUAGUGGAUGAUCCCUUUCAGAUGAAGACAGGUGGUAUGGUGGACAUGAAGAAACUGAAGGAAAGGGGGAAAGAUAAGAUCAGUGAAGAGGAGGACCUUCAUCUGGGGACAUCAUUUUCUGCAGAAACCAACCGGAGGGAUGAAGAUGCAGACAUGAUGAAGUACAUUGAGACAGAGCUAAAGAAGAGGAAAGGGAUUGUGGAACAUGAGGAACAGAAAAUCAAGCCAAAGAACGCAGAGGACUGUCUAUAUGAACUUCCUGAAAACAUCCGUGUCUCCUCUGCAAAGAAGACCGAGGAGAUGCUUUCCAACCAGAUGCUGAGUGGCAUCCCCGAGGUGGACCUGGGCAUCGAUGCAAAAAUAAAAAAUAUAAUUUCCACGGAGGAUGCCAAGGCUCGCCUGCUGGCAGAGCAGCAGAACAAGAAGAAAGACAGUGAGACAUCCUUCGUGCCCACGAACAUGGCUGUGAAUUACGUGCAACACAACCGAUUUUAUCAUGAGGAGCUCAAUGCUCCCAUCCGGAGAAACAAAGAGGAGCCCAAAGCCCGGCCAUUGCGAGUGGGUGACACGGAGAAGCCAGAGCCUGAGCGGUCCCCUCCUAACCGCAAACGUCCUGCUAAUGAGAAGGCCACUGAUGACUACCACUAUGAGAAGUUCAAGAAGAUGAACAGGCGGUACUGAGAAGGCCUGGGCUGUCCCUGCUGGGCAGGCUUGGUGCCGCUGCUUCCUGCUGGCUUUCAAGCACUGAAUUUGUGACUUUUUGAAACAAAACUGGGUAGUUUUCCUAUUUGGGGGCAAACUGUUCCUAUGAGCAUCAUUAAAUCUUGUUUGUAAAUA